AAAGCACUUCAUUACUCUGAUAAAACGAAAUACAAAUUUUAUUUUAAGCGAUCGGCUGUAAAGUGAUACAACACGCGCAUUUGAAAAGAAAAUUUCGGAAAAAUGGAAGAUUCCGAUACUGCAUGGCAAAAACAGCACAAAUCUGUUAUUUCCCGGUUGAGUCACAUGUUGGAUAAAAGCUUGCACACUGAUGUCAGAUUCCUUGUAGGUUCCAAUCAUCCUGCCAUUUUCGAAGCACAUAAGCUUAUUCUUGCUUCUGGUAGUUAUGUGUUCGAGAGUAUGUUCUACAACCAGUCCUCUGAAAUAACAGACCCAAUUAAAAUUCCUAAUGUUGAACCCUUGGGUUUUGAGAUAAUGUUGAGGUACUUGUAUGACGAUAGCACAGAUUUCGAAAAUGACGCUGAAGUUUUUAUGACAUUGCUAUGUGCAGAUGCAUUCGCUGUAGAAUCUUUAAAAGAGAUCUGUCUACAACGACUGUCUGAAUUACAACCGUCCUCAGAGAACGUCUGGAUUUCUUUGGCCUUCAGUAAAUAUUACAAACUUGCAGCCCUGGAAGAUCACUGUACAUCUUUCAUUAUUGAAAAUGCAAGGGAUGCCUUUCAAAGUGAACAUUUUCUCAGUGCAAACAUGCAAGUGCUUUAUUACGUUCUAUCUCUACCACUUUUGAGAGUAACAGAGUUCGAACUUUUAAAGUUUAUUGUAAAAUGGGCAAAAAAUCGCAAAAAAGAGGAAACGGUUUCCUUGAAAUAUCUGUUACAACCUCUGUUGCGCUUAAUUCAUUUUCCGUCAAUAGGACCGGGAGAGUUCUGGAAAUUUUCCGUCGAAAAUCAAGAUGUUUUUGAUACCAAAGAUCGACUCUGUAUAAUACACCACUUAAUAAAUUCAGAUACUUACCCGCUUCCUGUGUGGUGUUGCAAGAACAGUCCAAGAUGUGACUUAACAGAAAACAUUUUGUUCAAUUUGGUUGAUACCUCCUCACGGAAGCGGGCAUACACAUCGAUAGUGAAGUGGUUUGAAUGCAAAUAUGAAAUACGAGUUACUUCUAAGGAAGUGCUGCAUAGCGAUGUACAAACAAUGACUAUUGCCUGGGGCAACAAACCUGAAGAUCUGCCUUUAGACUGCGAUAUCAAAAUUACAUGGAACCAAAACCUGUCUUUCAAAUUAAAUUCAGUUAAAAAGUCUCAUGAAAUGCAAGAAAUUGUUUUUAAUUUUGAUAAAAAGAUUUAACGGCCAUCUUCGUAUCAUCCAUUCACAAUUCAUGUGCAUUUCAAAAAACCGGUAACAAUAUUUUUUCUUCGUGCUUCUCCACAAAGAACUAAUUCUGUGAAAUGCGUAUUUCUCAGUGCUCAAGCGAUGACUUCAGCAAAUAAAAGAAUAAUGUUUAAUAAAGGUGACUGCGUGAAUAAUAUAACAUUCACACGAAGGAUACAAAAUAAACCAGUUAGAGAUUAGAAUUUGAUUGCAGCUUUUUUAAUUAAACAUCGUAGCUGAAAAUUAAAAUUUUAUUACAUUA